AUGUCGGAAAGUAUACUUCCUGUAGCAAUCAUUGGAGGUGGACUUGGAGGAUCUCCACUGCUAUCGCCCUGCAAACUCAGCUCAGAUGUUACGAUUAUCAGAUCUUUGAAAUGUCCAAUGGCAUCGGAGGCACUUGGUUUGAAAAUACGUAUCCGGGCUGUGCAUGUGACAUCCCUUGCCAUUGGUAUUCCUUGUCCACCGAACUCAACCCCGAAUGGACGCAAUUAUUUUUCUGGAAAGAAGGUUGCGGUCAUCGGAAACGGAUGCUCUGCGACGCAAAUCGUACCAAAGCUCGCCGAGGAUUCCUCUACUAGUAUUGUGGAAUUUUCCCCAAGCCACUGUUCCAGAGUGGGCAAAAUGGAUAUUCCGGAAUAUGCCAUGGACACAAAGAGCCUUCCGUUGGAUGAUUGUUGCGAGAUGGAUAUGACCUAUCUCAACUGGAAAGUUGGGCCAUUCACAUCAAUGCUACGUCGCCAGAGGGAGAAGGCUUGUAUCGAAAGAAUCAAGCGGCUCACACCUGAGAAGUACCACGAGAAUUUAAUUCCCAAGUUCCGUCCCAACACUGCAACUGGCCACGGCUCUGUGAUUCAUUCGGAAGAGGUCCAGCUUCGCGCCCAGGGCAACGCUACUAAGGCAUACAACGACCGUCUCCAGGAAGAACUGAAACAUACAGUUUGGACCAGUUGUAUAUCUUGGUACCACGCAGGGGAGGGCCGUCGAGGCAAACUUAUGACUUGGCCGGCAACCCAAACAUAUAUGUGGUGGAUGAUGCGUACACCAAUCUGGCGAGACUAUGACACCACAGGGGGUGAGAAAUGGCUGAAGCGUCGGCAAUACGCUUCCGCAGCUCAAACCACAUUGGAAUGGUUGCUCAUCGGAGCCGGUCUGGGGACAUUCGCCCUCAUGAAGCUCGGGAAGUGGGAGUACACCAAGCAAUUAAUAGUCAAUAACGCGAGUGGACUGAUCAAAGGGCCGUGA